AGCAAACCCUUCAGAUCGACAUCCCGUAAGCAUGGCACGUGCUAUAGCAACAAGACCUUCAAGCACCGGAGAUCGCGAUUUUGAACUCGCAACAUUUCAAACAAUGACCACGCUACGGCGAUUUGUUGCUGACGAUCUUUUUCGGUUUAACAAUGUCAACUUAGACCCGCUGACUGAAACGUAUAAUAUUUCCUUCUAUCUACAAUAUCUGGCACAAUGGCCAGACUACUUUGUCGCUGCAGAAGCGCCAAACAAUGCCUGCAUGGGAUAUAUUAUGGGAAAGGCUGAAGGUACUGGGAAGCUUUGGCAUGGACACGUUACGGCGGUGACUGUUGCACCAGAAUUUCGAAGACUUGGGCUAGCCGACAAGCUCAUGGGCAUAUUAGAGACAGUAUCCGAGAAGAUAUAUAAUGCGUAUUUUGUCGAUUUGUUCGUUCGAGUGUCAAAUAGCGUUGCGAUAGGCAUGUACGAGAAGUUCGGGUAUAGUGUCUACCGGCGGGUUCUACAGUACUAUUCUGGUGCCAACUCGGAAGAUGCAUUUGAUAUGCGGAAAGCGCUACCACGAGAUGUCAAUAAAGAGAGUAUCGUUCCCUUACCACACCCCGUCCGUCCAGAAGACCUUGAAUGGUGAAUGAAACCAGUGGAUUGUCAGCACUUGGCUAUGGUACCCCUAGUCGAUUGCACAAUACGACUACCGAGCCUGCACUAUCGAUGCAAUCAUAAGCACAUGUUCCCAUAAUCAGAUGACUCGACAGAGUUGCAAAUCUAUUUCAAUGUUACAUAUAUGUAAUGCCUAUGCCAAAUUGAAAGCCAGGCUUUGCUACAUCAGUGGUGGUUGCUGUAAGAGGAAGACAGUAGUUGAGUUCUAGCCGCAGUAUACUAAACCGCACUGCGAGUCCUAAUCCUGCUGAAACGCUCGGGGAACGAAUUAAAUUUCUGGCAUUGUUUUCGAGUGUGUCACCUACAGUCAACAAAUGUGUCAAUUUCAGUUUUUAGACGGAAGCCCCCAAGUGCGC